AUGGUCUGGGGCAGUAUGUCAUCAAAAGGAAUAGAAAAACUUCAUUUUAUUGAUGGAAAUGUGGAUACAAACAAAUAUUUGGCAAUUUUAGAAGAAUCGCUUUUACCAGUGAUGGAAGAAUGUUUGACAUCCGGCCAAGAUUUUGUGUUUCAGCAAGAUGGUGGCCAUACCUCAAAAAAAGCUAUAAAAUGGAUGGAAGAAAAUAAUGUACCACUUUUGAAAUGGAGACUAUAA